GUAGAUUAUUUCCAGGAAGUGUAAUCGAACGGAUGGAUGAGCUAGAUGCCGGGAUAGAGGAAAUUGAAUAAUGGCUCUUUCCAGGAGCUUAAGAUGCUGUCAAAGGGUUUUUUCCUGGAUACCAGUCAUAAUCAUCACUUCAGUUGGACUGUGGUCGUACUAUGCCUACGUGAUUGAGCUAUGUUUGUUUACAAUAACGAAAGGUUUGGAAAAAGUGGCCUACCUGCUAGUGUUUCACAUCUGCUUCGGGAUGUUCUCUUGGACAUACUGGAAGGCAAUCUUUACCCCACCCGCAUCUCCUUUCAAGAAGUUCCAGCUCUCCUACAUUGACAAGGAGCGCUAUGAGAUGGAGGAGAGGCCAGAUGCCCAGAAACAGAUACUGGUGGACAUUGCCAAGAACCUGCCCAUCUUCACUCGAGCUGCAUCCGGAGCUGUCAGGUUUUGUGACCACUGCCAGGUUCUGAAGCCGGACCGCUGUCAUCACUGCUCCAUUUGUGAAACGUGUGUGUUGAAGAUGGAUCAUCAUUGUCCAUGGGUCAACAACUGCGUGGGCUUCUCCAACUACAAAUUCUUCCUGCUGUUCCUCUCCUACUCCAUGCUCUACUGCAUCUUCAUUGGAGCCACCGUCUUUCAGUACUUUGUCAAAUUCUGGGUGGGGGACCUGCCCAACGGACGCACUAAGUUCCAUGUCCUCUUCCUCAUGUUUGUGGCACUCAUGUUCUUCGUCAGUCUUAUGUUCCUAUUUGGUUACCACUGCUGGCUGGUGGCCAAGAACAGGUCCACUCUGGAGGCCUUUUCUGAACCAGUCUUUGUAACUGGUCCAGACAGGAACGGCUUCAACGUAGGCCUGAAGAGGAACUUGGAGCAAGUGUUUGGAGAAGACAAGAGGCUGUGGUUCAUCCCUGUUUGUACCAGCCAAGGAAACGGACAUUAUUUCCCCCUCAAGAGCCAAAGUGAGUCCAGGAACCCCUUACUGGCAAAUGAGGAGGGCUGGGAGGAGGAAGAGGACGGGUCAGAGGAAGGCUGCCUGGAUCUGGACCCUUCGGUUACUAUAGAGAUGGAAGAGUAAGAGAUGGAUGAGGUAGAUUGAACAUUCCUAUUGCCUGAAACUGUGCUGUCAUCCGGAUAAUUUAAGUAAUUUUGCAGUGAUUUUUUUUCCGGUCUCUCUAUAGAAAACUGGGACACUUUGUAGAGCUCUGAGGACUAUGGGACUGCACAUGUAGAGCUGUAUUGUGGUUUACACAUUCACAAUCCUGUGAAGCCUUCAAAAACUCUGAA